AUGGCCGAAGGAGGGACGGGCAAUGGUACCGGAGACAACCACGCAAAGUCGUCCGAUCAGGAAGAGUUGACUCGGCACCAUGUUCUUCGCGGAGCAGGCCAUUGCAAAUGGUUCAAUGUUCGAAUGGGAUUCGGAUUUAUAUCAAUGACAAGCCGUGAUGGAAGUCCCGUCGACCCCCCCAUGGAUGUGUUCGUGCACCAAAGCAAGCUGUACAUGGAGGGCUUCCGCAGUCUGAAAGAGGGGGAGCUGGUGGAUUUCACCUUCAAGAAGUCCUCCAAAGGCCUGGAAUCACUGCGUGUGACGGGCCCCGGGGGAGGGCCCUGUGCAGGGAGUGAGAGGAGACCCAAAGGGAAGACCGUGGUACAGAAACGAAAGCCAAAGGGAGAUCGGUGCUACAACUGUGGUGGCCUGGAUCACCACGCUAAGGAGUGCAACCUGCCACCACAGCCAAAAAAAUGCCAUUGCUGCCAGAGCAUCACGCACAUGGUGGCUCACUGCCCCCUCAAGACGUUUGCGCCCCCGCCUCCCGGCUCUCAGGGAAGACACGGCACCGAAAUGCAGCUUCCGCCUACCUCCACCUCCACCUCCACCUCGGCCUUUACCCUCACCUCGCACUCCCUCGGGGCCAGCAUCAGGCCCGGGCACUCCUCUCAGGAAGUUUCCCCCGUGAGCAAGUCCUCUGGCUCACCUGACGACUGCUUGCGCAAGGGACCCUCCGUACAGAUGCGCACAAAGCCCUGA